AUGAAGCAAAUUUUCUCAAGGAAGAGCCUCCUCACCGACGCGGCCACCAUCGCCCUCCUUCUGUUCUUUCACGGUCUCGGCCUCUACGGCGGGGCGGGCGGGGGGGCGGGGGGGGGCGGGGCCGGCCGGGGCAACGAGGAGGACGUGCCGAGGAACACGACGACGAGGGAAGAGCGCGGGGUCUUCAGUCCUCGUGGAACCAGGGAGAUGGAGCGUGAGAAGAAGGAAGAGUUCGCGAGGCAGAUCAUUCACAGGGACCCGUUGCCCUCCCUCGAGCUCUCUGGCGGCGCCGCUCUGCUCGAGGUUGACCUAGAGGCGUACACUCCGGAGGAUCGCGCGGUGCUCGGCGCCCGCGUGGGCGAGAUGGUGGCGCGGGCGGCGACAGUGAGCCGCGUCUGCCGGGCGACGCCUUCGAUCUCCGGGGCGACCGCGACAGACGUGUUCAUUUGGGACACAGAUCACACGCCGAACAUAGUCUGGUGCCCCAUAUACAAGGUGGCCUCCACAACCUGGAUGAACAACUUCUUCACCGUCGCCAACCUUAGCAAAAGCGACGAUAGUAUUCUUCAGAGAUUCAACCAGAAACUAGAGUGGAAGAAGCAGAAGGGAAAUAAUAUAAAGCAGUUCUUCGACCAGCAACUGUUAUACGACCUGUACCCCGGCCCGCAGUCGCCUGAAGAGAGAGCGCGGGUCCUGAAGAACAGCAUGCGAGUCAUCAUCGUCAGGCAUCCCUUUGCCAGGAUUCUCUCGGCCUACCGGGACAAAAUGACGAGCAGGAAGCCCCGCCCACUCAAGUUCAAAUUCAAGGAGCUGCAGGCCCAAAUACGGAAGACAUACCGGAGUCGCCACAGCGCCAACAAGUCAAGAUUUCCAACUUUUCCCGAAUUUAUUCAGUAUGUGAUCGACUCCACGGGAAACCUCACCAGUUACGACGAUUGGAAAGAGAACGUAAACUGCUGGUUGCCUUACUGGGUUCGCUGCACUGUCUGCUCCUUAGAUUAUAACAUCAUUAUAAAGUUAGAAACCAUGGAAGAGGAUAAGAGGUUUCUGGCGACCCUCUCGCGCCUCAACGAACUCAAGGGCAAGGACACAUGGAUGCACCUGAACACCGUCUCUUCCUCCGAUUUGGCGACCGAGUACUACAAGGAACUGACUCGACACCAGAUUGUACAACUGUACGAGCGUUACGAACCGGAUUUUAAGCUUUUCCAGUAUGAUAUUAAGGAAUACUUAGACAAUGCAAUAGACUCUAGAUAAAGUGCAAAUAUGGUUUACUGAGGAAAUUUAGGAGGUGACUCUCUGCUGCCUCAAAUUAAGAAAAUGGUCAGCUUUGAGUGCAAAAGGGAUGCAUCGCCCACCACAGAUCUCUGCACGUUUUCUACUAAGAGAACUGAUUAAGAUAAGCAAAGAACUCAGUGAUUAAUUAUUUCAAAGCAAAAGCGGCAAUGACCGAAUUCGUCAUGUGCCUUAGAUGCUUGUAUUUCUGGAGUAGGCUGCUGCAGGUCAUCUCAGAAGGUCGACCAAAACAGGUGUUUUGGAGUACAUCUUGCAUAAUGAGAUAAACCUUUGUGAAAUAUCGAACUUAUAGGCCUGUAGCCCUUUGUGACUCUUGUGCAACACAAGCAGCGACAUUUCUUUAUCUUAGAAUAUUGUAAGUCGAAGCCAAAGAAAAUUCAGUGACGUAAGUAAAUGACAGGCAAUCCAUUCUCUAAACAGGAUGGAAGCUCGAUAUAAAUUCAAUAAUCUUCAGCUGAACAUGAAAAUGCCGGAUUCCUCUAACGUCGAGGUCACGGACAAAAACCGGGCAAGUUCAGUCAGAGUUGCUUCACCGACCCCUGUUUCGCAUACGAGUAAUGUCGCCGAUAU